AUGGCACCAAGAAAGCAAAGACAAGAGCCCCUCUCCCCCACCAAAGCCGAAGUCAAAGCAAAGGCUUUGAAAGCCAAGAAGGCAGUGCUAAAGCUAAAACACCCACACAAAGAAGACCUGCCCAUCACCCACCUGCACAGGGUCCAAGACCCUGCAGCUCCAGAGAAAGCACUUCCAAAGAGCACACACCCAGGAGAAACAAGCUUGACCACUAUGCAUCAAGUUCCGCUGACCGCUGAGUUAGCCAUGAAGAAGACAGAGGACAACACACGAGAGCUCCCUGUGGAUGCCGAGGCCAACAAACACCACAUCAAAUAG